UAAAACCUGACACUUGGUAAUACAUAGGAGUAUCAAAAACUGAAUAAUGGGGUUGGUUAAGCCCACUUAUGAUAUUGUGCCACCGUUAGCGUUUGUGGCGCUUUGUGCAGGAGCCGUGACACAGUUAGUUGCGAUAAUCCUCCCAGGAUGGAUGAUAUUGGAUGGAGAGGAGCGAGACAAGGUGGAUCUCUUGGGCAGCUACUAUUAUACACAAGGCCUAUGGGGGAGCUGCAAGAUUAAGAAAUAUUUAAAAGUAAUUGAGAAGUGUGAAGGUUAUGGAGAUGUAAUGGGUUUCACAGGUCAACAAUGGUUAAGUGCAGUCAAAGGAUUGACAAUUGCUGCUGCAUCGUUUGCAUUUUUGGCAACUAUCUCCACCUUUGUGUACCUACUAUGGGAGAGGGUUUACAAGAAGCAGUUCUCUGUGGCCAUCAUCAUAGGCCUAUCUGCAAUAUCAGUGAUACUCCUGCUGGCCGCAGUCAUUUUAUUUUCAGAGAAAUCCAAACCUGCUGUUGAGAAUCUUAACGCAAGGCUCUGUUAUUGUUUCUACUUUGAAACCAUGGCACUGUUCUUUACACUCAUUGGAGGCUUCAUUGCUGUGCUUGAGUUGCUCUCUCUGCAUGGUCGGAAUAUGACCAGUCUCUAUGUUUCGGGGCAUCACAGGAUGCGGGACAGUUUCCAUGAAAUGGGACCAUCAGGGGGAGGGGAUGGGAUGCAGGGGGCGGCAAAGCCUAAACUUGUAUUCACUAUUGGAGAGAGUUCAGAGGCGUGAAUACAUAGGAGUAACACAUAUAGCUUUUAUUGCACAGAAUUUGACAGUGAAAUCAAUUUGCUCAAAUCUAACAGCUGUGGGAGUAUAUUAUCAUUUAGUGCUUAAUGCAGGAUGUUUCGUUUAUCAAAAAGAGAAUUUUUCAAAUAUUCAAAAAUGGCUACAUUAAUUAGAUGGGCUCACAUGGUGAC